UUUCAAGAAUAGGUAUUGAUUCGCGAUCCACUUGAUGAAAAUGUUAUUCCUGUUGUUGAGGAACUUCAAAGAAGAUUACCUUUGGCAAUUGGCCGAGGCGAAGGAGAAGAUUAUGAGCUGCCUGAAGCACAAACCGAAGAUGACUCUGAUGAAGAAACUGAGUUCCCGUUUGAAUUUAAAGCUCUGGAAGUAGCAUUAGAAGGCAUAUCUAGUUUUCUUGACUCACAAACUCGAGAAUUGGAGACUGCUGCUUAUCCCGCUUUAGAUGAGUUAACGGCUAAGACUAGCAGUUAUAACUUGGAUCGAGUGCGAAAAAUGAAGAGUGCCAUGACAAGGUUGACCAACCGAGUACAAAAGGUAAGGGAUGAACUCGAAGAACUUCUAGAUGAUGAUGAUUACAUGGCAGAUCUUUAUCUAUCAAGGAAAUCAGCGAUUUCUGCUUCACCCCUCAGUGAUAUUGGAAUUCCUAAAUGGUUUUCUGACUCUCCAACAAUACAUUCAAAGAUUUCCAGAACUAGCAGAGCAAGUGCAGUAACGACUCGUGCAGAGGAUAAUGUAGAAGAACUUGAAAUGUUGCUUGAGGCUUACUUUAUGCAAAUCGAGAGCACGAUGAACAAGUUGACUACGUUGCGGGAAUACAUUGAUGACACGGAGGACUACAUUAAUAUUCAGUUGGACAAUCAUCGUAAUCAGCUAAUUCAGCUGGAGCUAUUCCUAAGUUCUGGUACUCUCUGCUUGUCUAUGUAUUCUUUAGUGGCUGCCAUUUUCGGAAUGAACAUUCCAUAUCCAUGGAAACACGACCAUGGCUACAUAUUUAAAUGGGUUGUGAUCCUUGCAGGAAUUUCUUGUGCAUCCCUUUUUCUAUCAAUAAUCUCAUAUGCUCGACGUAGGGGUCUUGUUGGAUCUUGAUGCAAGAAAGGUAACUACUAGUUCCGGAUGAAUUGCAUAAUGUGUCAAACUUCAAAGUGUAAAAACCUUCUUGGCCGAAAUCUACGAUUUGUGGCUCAACGUGUGGUAAUAUGUCGAAGGUAGGACGGGAUUAGGCAUUUCUCAACCACAAAAUGCUCGGUUUUCAUUUUGGUAGUUGGGGUAACUCGCUAUUAAGGAUAUUGAAAGGUGCGAUGCAUAAGACUUUCGAUAAUAUCACUUAAAAUUUGACGAUAUGAUACAAGAAAAUUGUAUAAUAA